ACCAAACUUAUGGUAUGUACCAGAGGUUUUAUGCGAUUAUUGUUACCGUUGUUUGCAUGGCUUGCAAGAUAAAACACACAGUAUGAAAUAUGUUGCACCAACAAUUUGGCUUCGACCCGUCGCGACUUACUGAACACGCAUCUGACCAGUGUUAUUUCUGCAUGUCAAAAUUAAAAAUUUUUGGAUUUCGGUACAAUUCUAGAGAGAAAAUUGAUUACGCCGAUGUAGAAUCCGUCAUUCUCGCAAGAGGGCGAUCUGAAGAUUAUCCAACUGCUCCUUCAGAAAACAUAUGUGAGGAUAAAAGUAAAAGACCUUUAACACCCAGUACAACCAUUUUUUCCGAGAUGGAAUCUGAAUUUAUUCCCUGUAGUUCGGGUUAUAAAGUACAUUUUAUAGCACAGGACAUGAAAGGAAAAGACGUCAGGCAUUUGCUGGGUGAAUAUUGCUGGUCAAUUGUUCGAGAUUCUGAAGCAAUAUACAGCCUGUUCAGAAUAAAACCGAAUAUAUCUAUAUAUAUAUAUGGGGCGUGGCCUCGCCUCCCUCCAAGGCGCGUCACAGUUGCUUGGGUGAUAAACGACAUGACGAAAGGUCGAGCAGAACAAACAAACAAUUCUUUACCCAAUGCCAUGAUCAAUCAAAAUCAGAAUUAUCAGAAUUUUACUGUAGAUUUUUCUUUAAAACCACAGUGUUUUCAAGAAAUGUAUAACUCCCUGUUUGAUUCAAAUCCUUGA